GUUCACGCUAACAGGACAGGAAGAAGCCCUUCACCCGCGUGCGUAAAACACCAGAAUCUCGCUAAGACUGCUGUCCGUACAUCAGACCGAAACCACACUUCUUUCCGGAUCUAAAGGAGUCAGGCCUCGGCGGUUUCGUUUUGACUCUAAACCCAUCGUAAAGGACGCGAAGAGAAAAACAAAAUAUUCGGGGCAAUCGUUAUUCACAAGAAAACCGCAAAGAUGUCUUCGUUCACGCGUUUGCGCUGACAUUAGAGUAGCGGGCUACUGAAAUGUGUACUGAAAAUUAAUAAAACAGGUUAUGAUAUAUGCUGAUAAAAUGCAUUAUUUGGCUGCAUGAAAACAUUUAAAGCAUACAGUCGUAAAUUAGAACGGAUUACGUUCAUAUGCGAAAUAAAACUGUUUGCAUAAAACUGAAAGACGACGGAGGCGUGCGCGUUCACAGGCGCGCGUGCAUGCGCGUGGAGAGAAGUUCAGAUCAUCUGACUGAAAGUCGCGUCGUGCGUAAUGUCGUGACAAAUCCUCUUGUUCAAAAUAGACUGUAAUUACUUAAAUAACUCAAUAGAGGCACGGGAACGCUCUUCCGAACGGUUUUGGGAAAUUAGUUUUAUUUGCGGGAUUUUUUUUUUCUCCAGGAACGUUAAGUGAUGUCAGAGAAGAUCUUUUACGCCUUUGUUUGGUUCUGCUUGCUUUUUGGUGGCAGAUCUGGUGUGUUUGGUGUCGACACAGGUGAAAUAAUAACAGCGACAGAGGGAGAUUCUGUCACUCUACGAACUGAGAUAAAGAGGGACGAUGAACUGUUUUGGAUGUUUGGACCUCAAGAGCUUCUCAUUGCUCAAGUCAAUAAGGAGGCUGGUGUCUUCAAAGUGCAUGAUGGUGCUGAUGGGAGAUUCAGAGGCAGACUGGUUCUGAACUAUGAAACUGGAUCUCUGACCGUUAAAAACAUCAGACCUGAACAUGCUGGACUUUACACACUACGGGUCAUUACUGAUACAAUCUCAUACAAAACAUUCAAAGUUUCUGUAUAUGCUCGUCUUCCCGUUCCUGUCAUCAGCAGAGACGUUUCACAGUGUUCUUCAUCUUCAUCGGCCUCGUCGGCGUUCAGAUGUCUCUUGCUGUGUUCGGCGGUGAACGUGAGUCAUGUGACUCUCUCCUGGUACAAAGGAAACAGUUUAUUGUCCAGCAUCAGUGUGUCUGAUCUCAGCAUCAGUCUCUCUCUACCUCUGGAGGUGGAACAUCAGGAGAAAAACACCUACAGCUGCGUGAUUAACAACCCCAUCAGAAACCAGACCACACAUCUGAACAUUAAUGAACUUUGUUGGCCAUGUCCAGCUCCUCUGCAGAUUCCUGUCAUCACCAGAGACCCUCCAACAUGUUCUUCAUCGGUUCCACGACAAAACUGUUCAUUUCUGUGUACGGCACUGAACGUCAGUGAUGUGACUCUCUCCUGGUACAAAGGAAACAGUUUAUUGUCCACCACUAGAGCAUCUGAUCUCAGCGUCGACCUUUCGUUACCUCUGGAGGUGGAAUAUCAGGAUAAAAACACCUACAGCUGUGUGAUCAACGACCCCAUCAGAAACCAGACCACACAUCUGGACAUCACUGAACUCUGUCGGCCAUGCGCAGGCCACGUCCACUGUUGUGGUUUCACUGAGACUGUGUUUCGAUUAGCCGGCUCUGUUCUGGUUGGCCUGGCUACUGUUGCCGUGCUGGUUUAUGACGUCAGAUCAAGACGAUCUUAUCAGAAGAGGAGAGCGCAGACAUAUGCAGAAGCAGAUGAAUAUGAUGACGUUGCAUCAGGUGACUAGCGGGCGAUAAUGUCGCCCCUGUUCUUUAUUAAUUUUAGGAAUAUAAAUCAACAAUAUUCCAGGGUGAAUGUAUCUCAUUAUCAGUUGACAGCUUAUGUUUUUUUUUUUCUUCCACUUUUUAAUGCAUUUUUACGUAUUUUUGUAUCUUUAUUGGUUUAUAUUUUUUUAGCAUUUAAAAAUGUUUUUAUAAGAAAUACUUUAUAUGGUAUGAAAAACACGUUUUAUUUUUCAUUUUAACUGUAAUAUCCUGCAAAUGCAUUACAAAUAAAAAAAAUUGU